ACUUGGAACAAGGUGGGACGAAGCUCGCCCACCGCUCAAGACGCACGAACAACCCGCUAGAUCCAACCUCCUCAUGGGUAGCCAUACCGUCCCCUUCAACGCCCAGGAGGCCGUGUGCUUCUACGACAAAGCGGGUAACGAAGUCCUCGUCCAAGGCCCCGGAGAGGUUACCAUCGACAACAAGACCAACGACGUUACCCUCAACGGCCAGCCCGUGCGCAAGUUCGAGUGGGACAAGGCGAUGGGAGGCACCUUCUGGAGUUUCAACAUCGUCGGCUGGCAGCUCCUCGAGCUCACCGUGCCCGACGUCAUCCUCGACGACGGGAACGGGGACAAGGCAAAUUUCAAGUACCGCCUCGGCCUUUCCUACAACUGGAAGAGCGGGACGAAAGGCGGCAUGCCGCCUUUUUCCCCGGCAUGCCGACGCUGUUGAGAGGAUAUGGCGUGCUCCAUUCCGUGAGCCGACGACUGUAUAGGCAUCGAGACUUUGCUCAAGGACCAAGGGGGCAAGGACCCCCCCCCCCUCUUCAUCCAGGUGGCCCGCCUCGACCUCAAGACGCAGAAGGGCAAGGAAGGCGCGUGGAAUGAGCUCCUCCACGUCGCCGGCCA